UUGAGGCGAAGCAGGUUCUUUUCACUGGGGUUGAAAAGCAAACCAUGAUAAACCAUAAAGCCUGAUCCGAUCGUCCGCUCGCGUAGGUCAUUAGCGGCUCAAUGUCUUGUCUUCUUGGAGAGCGUUCCUAGCGACGCUGUGAUCGUUGGAGCUAUCGGGGGAAUCGUGCCCGGAGAAGUUCCUGGAAUGAUUGGUCCGCGGUACCGGCAACCAGAGGCAGGUGUUGGGGACAGAUGAAGACAACAUGGGGGAUGCUUGUCCUCAGAAGCUGGGAUCAGUCAAGCACCUCCGCCUCCUGCUGUUAAUACUUAUUCCAUGUGUCUGCGCUUUCAUCUGUGUGCUAGUAAUCCUCCUGGCAUUUGUAGGCGUUAUAGGUGAUGGCUUUUUUGAACAGAGGAAGAAUGAUGUACUUGCAACCAGUGGGACUGGACACGUAACUGAUAUUCCUUAUACAGACAACAUUGGAAAUAGUUCAGGAGUGCCACAACAAAUAGACCUGGAGACACUUUCUCCUUUUGCAGUAACAAAUGUCUCAACUUCUGGUGGCCUAAAUGGUGAAGACAAGUUCAUUGAUUUGAAUAAAGGACAGUUGAGCACCACAAAUAUGCAGGAAGACAUUUUGCUGCCUUCUACACACAGUAUAUCACCCAGUUUUGAUGAUAUCAAUGUGGGCCCAUUCCUGCAUGUGGAGGAAACAAGCUCAUUUACUCAGAGAACAGAUGGAACAUUUUCUUCUUCUGAGCCACCUACAAAAGCCUCACCUUUCAAGACUUCUUUUCCUAGCCUCAGCUCCAGCAGUAUUGCUACAGAUAACAACACAACACAUGAAGCUGUACAUUUUGCCACCAGCUUUGGUGCCUGUAACAAUGUAACUUACAGCCUAUGUGAAAUGCUGCCCUAUAAUCAGACUACUGUGCCAUCCUAUCUUUCAAACUUCAGCAUUGCGGACAUGGAAAUGCUCAUCCGUUUCUUCAGUCAGCUUAACCUCCUGCGCUGCUAUCAACAUAUCAUGCUCUUUGGCUGCAGCCUUGCUCUUCCUGAGUGUAUCAACAACACUGAGAGAGCAGUAAUUCUUCCAUGCAUGUCAUUCUGUGAGGCUGCGAAGGAAGGCUGUGAACCAUUGUUGCAACAGGUGGAGGCUGGAUGGCCAGAGUUCCUCAAAUGCUCCAGGUUUGUCAACGAUACAGGAAUGGAAAACACCAGCAAGAUAUGCUUUUCACCACAUCAAGAGGAAGGAAAAACAUCUUGCAAACAGCUGGACAAUUUCUUAUGUGGCAGUGGGUUCUGUAUCCAAAGGAAGCUGCUGUGCAACGGUUACAAUGAUUGUGAUGACUGGAGCGAUGAAGCAGACUGCACCUGUAGUCAAGAGCAGUUUCAAUGUGGCACUGGCAAAUGCAUCUACUAUAAUAACACAUGUGACGGUUACGAUGACUGUGGGGACCUGAGCGAUGAACUGAGCUGUGAGUGCAAUCCAGAGCUUCAUUUCAGAUGUGGAGAUGGCAGAUGUGUCCUUAAGUCCUGGGUAUGUGAUGGGGACCACGACUGCAUGGACAGGUCUGAUGAGGUUAACUGCUCUUGCAAGAGCCAGGGUCUAAUGGAAUGUGGUAAUGGUCGAUGUAUUCCAAGCAUUUUCCACUGUGAUGGUGAAAAUGACUGUGAAGACUGGAGCGACGAACUGAACUGCUCCAAAACUCAUGAUCAGACCCCUUGUAAGGAAGGGGAUUUAGCCUGUGCUGAAAAUUCCUGUACUGACAUGUGCAAUGGAAGCUCUGGUUGUGCAGCUCAAAACAGUAGAAUAAACUGCAGUAAAUGUGAGCCCAUAACUCUUGAGCUCUGUAUGAACCAACCAUACAACUCCACCAUCUACCCUAACUACCUGAGUCACCGAAACCAGAAAGAGGCAUCUAUCAGCUGGGAAUUUUCACUCUUUCCAACCCUCGUUCAGACCAAUUGUUACAAGUACCUCAUGUUCUUUGCGUGCACCAUCCUUGUACCAAAGUGUGAUUAUGAGACAAAUCAACGGGUCCCACCUUGCAGAUCUCUAUGUGAAAACUCCAAAGAACACUGUGAGACUGUACUGAGCAUGGUUGGACUGCAGUGGCCAGAGGACACAGACUGCAGACAGUUCCCCAGGGAAACCUCUGACAACAAGACAUGCCUGAUGCCUGAUGAAAACGUGGAAGAGUGCUCCCCAAGUCAUUUCAAGUGCAACUCAGGGAGAUGUGUCUUGGCAUCAAAAAGGUGUGAUCGACGACCAGACUGUGAUGAUUUUAGUGAUGAGGAAGAAUGUGGUUGUAGUGAGAGAGGCCUCUGGGAAUGCCCCAGUGACAAGACGUGUAUCAAGCAUACAAUGAUCUGUGAUGGUUUCCAGGACUGUGCUGACAAAGCAGAUGAAAAGAAUUGCUCAUCCUGUACUGACAUUGAGAAGGUCUGCAUUAACCAUGCCUGUGUCCCCCAUCAUGUUUGGUGUGAUGGGAGGAGAGAUUGCCCUGAUGGCUCAGAUGAAUGGAAUUGUGUGUCACUGUCAGACAGUGCAGUUUCCUUGUCUCAGCUUGUUGUGCACAGGUCGACCUCUGACUAUCACGUGUGUGCUGAUGAUUGGCAGGAAGAGCUCAGCCAGCUGGCCUGCAAGCAGAUUGGUUUAGGAGGCCCUCCAGUGACUCAAAUAUUGUCAGAAUACAACCAAACGCAACACAGGAAGUGGUUAUGCCUGAGUUCUGAUUGGCGGAAUAAGAAUGUUUCCAAUCUACAGGCCUUAUUACAAAAGGGGCAGGUGUGUCAAAGCAAAAGCAGGAUAUCCCUCCAAUGCACCAAAGAAAAUUGUGGUCAGCGCCCAGCAAUUCGACUGAAUAAAAGAGUUCUUGGAGGCAGAACUAGUCGCCCAGGCCGCUGGCCCUGGCAGUGCUCAUUGCAGAGUGAGCCAAGUGGACAUAUUUGUGGCUGUGUACUGAUUGGACGAAAAUGGGUUUUGACAGUGGCACAUUGUUUUGAAGGCCGUGAAAAUGCAGCUGUCUGGAAUGUUGUAUUUGGUAUCAACAAUCUGGACCAUCCAUCUGAAUCUAUGCAGACCCAGGAGGUGAACCGAAUAAUCCUACACCCACGCUAUAACAGAGCAUUUGUUGAUUAUGACAUCAGUGUGGUGGAGCUGCGUGAAGAAAUAGUUGAGACUAGCUAUGUCCGACCUGUCUGCCUUCCCAAAAAAGACCAAGUGGCAGAACCUGAUACCUACUGCUUUAUCACAGGGUGGGGGCACACAGGCAACAGAGUUCCAUUCAAACUCCAGGAAGGAGAGGUUCGCAUUCUCUCACUUGAUCAUUGCCAGUCAUACUUUGAUACUAAAACAAUCACUUCUCGAAUGUUAUGCGCAGGCUAUGAACCUGGAACAGUGGACUCUUGCAUGGGUGACAGUGGAGGACCUCUGGUUUGUGAACAACCUGGCAAGAGAUGGACAUUAUUUGGUCUAACAUCUUGGGGAUCAGUGUGCUUUACAAAACUCCUUGGACCCGGUGUUUACAGCAAUGUAACUCAUUUUGUUGAAUGGAUUGAGAGGCAGAUCUACAUCCACACUUUUUUAUAAAUAAAUAAUUACAAGGCCAGCAGAACAGUACCUGAGAUGAAACCGUAAAUAGCAAGAAGCAGAAAUGUGGCAGCUGGCAAGGACUAGAUGAUCAUUCCUCUUCCCUUGCAGUAGACCCCACACCCACCCUUCCAUUUCCCACCCCCAUUCACUGAAAUAUUUCAGUAAUAAUUCAUAAGGAAUAACUACACCAAACUGUUCUCAAGGUGAUGGUUUCUCUGAUACCUGGAUUAUUAUGGGAAUCAAUGACUUUUAGAAAUAUGGAGUUCAUUGAUCUUUAACAAAAUGUUUAUAUCCCAUUUUGUAAUACACCUGUCAAUUGCUGCUCCCUCUUGAGAUUUGUAGUGCAUCCAUUCCAAAGCUGUAGAGCACUGUAUGACCUGAUUAGAUUCUUCUGGUAAACAAGGUCAGUAUUUGCUGUUCAGUCUGUGGAGAGGAAUUUUUGCUACCUCUAACUUGACCUGUUUGAGAAAGCUGCUUCUGCAUUCUUCGUGAGACUGCCUCACACUGAGGAUGCUGAUGAGGGGAGAAAUUCUUUCAUAUUUUACAGAACUACUUACAGGAUGGGUUUAUUUUGCUUCAGUGCAUAACCGUGAGCCAAAUGUAUUGGAGUUAUAGAUUAAUUUCUACAUGGUGAUCAGUCUAAAGCUUUUCUUAUAAUUAAUCCUUGGUCACGAUAUAGAAUAUUUUCAAUAUGUUGACAUCAAAUACAGUUAGUAUCUUGUAAUAUGACUCUAACUGGAAUACUCGUAAAAGCUGAUUUUUUUGGCAGUGAGCACCUCUUUCCCUAAAAGAUUUAUUUGCCAAGCUAUUGAGGUAUGGGAAAGAGAACAAAGAGUUUAGUUAUGAGUAAUUGUAGAUUAAUGCAUUUAAAAUAAAUUACAAGGAUUUGAUUUUGUAGCAUUGAUUGCAGUGAUGAUACAUUGUAAUGGAUUGAACUAUUCCUGUAUAUGUAGCAGUUUCAUUCCAUUUUAAAGUAGGAAGCAACCAUACAAAGAAUGAAUAAAAUGCACUUCUCUUGAAUCCAUGAUCAAGCUAGAGAAGAACUGUCAUGUGCUUUCUAAUGAAGUUUGAAUUAAAAUCAAAUUGAAGCAUACUGUAUACAGAUCACUGUUCUAGAUUUAAACAUGGACUUUUUAUACCAUUAGCCUUUUGAACCACCUGAGUUCAUUGGGCUUUCUGAGAAUCUCAUUUUUAUUGUGAAAGAUUUCCAGUGUAUAGUGUUGAUUUUUCUUCAGAGUACUGGCCACAUUUGGAAGACAGUUCACAGUCUGAUAAUUCUUGCUGCCAAAAUAAAAGUUAAUUAAUUUGGGGACUUAUCCCCUGCUCGGCUCUUGUUUGAAGUUGUUUAAAGGGCCUCUCUUUCUGUAGUGUCAAUAGUCAGUUUUUCAGUUUUACUUUUUCUACACUAAUGUGAGUGGUAAUGAUAUUAUUUAGACUACCACUUUUCAAACAAACAUAUUGACAACUAAAAUUAUUCUCUUAUGCCAAAGUUUUGUUUCAGCUCACUUUUUAUUCACAUUGGAUCUUUGUGUGGCAGCUUGCUAUUUGAGUCUGUGGGAAUAAAUAUUACACUGUGAUGGCACUUUUCAACAAUGUAAUGCUAUGUACUUUGCUCCUGUAUCAUUUCUAAACAAAGGCAUUUGAGAAAUGUCUGCAAUGUUCAAUGUAACAUUCCAUGUAAAGAUAAUAUGAUGGUUGUAAUUUUAUAAAAUAUUUUUAUAUUGCUUUUUCUAUGUGUGCACAUUUAAACUUUAUGCUGUUGUGUGGCCAGACUUUAAGUAGAUUGGGUGUUUACACUUUGCUUUUUGAUCGUCAUUUACAACAUCACAAACUACUGGUGACUAGUGUUGUAAAUUGAAAACUUGGGCUUAAGCUUGUACUACUGUUACCACCUGUUCAAAUAGAAACACACAUUUUGGCCUCAUUCAAAUGUCAAAACAUUAUCUAGCAAUCCUUGUUCAUGGCUUUAGUGGAUCAAGAUCAGAAUAUUCAGUCUGCUUUUUCCUAAUCCUUCAGUAGUGUGUGCAUUAUAACUUACUUCUCAGCUCUGAGUUUCUGUGAUUUAUCUAGUCAUUCAUAAUGCUGUUUUGCUCACUAUGUCACUGCCUCCUUAAUUGAUCAGGGUUAUAAACCUCAAGAAACACUGUUAAGUAAUAUUUUGAGCAAUUAUACCACAUUUUAAGUUAGCUUCUUACCUCACACAUCCCAUAGCCCUUACUGAGAGACGAUUAAACUUUCAAAUCAGAAAGCCUUGAAUCAGAAACUUUAGUUCCAUGGCUAGAAGAUAAUGAUUGAACAAAUGACCAUGAUUAUGGUUUGAAUAUUGGCAGUGCAACCAAUUUUAUUGAUAAAAGUUCAACCUCUGCACCUCCUUUAGAAUGGUAUCCUUUAUUUCACAUUGCCUCCCAUCAUCUUCACACUUGCCUGCCUUAUACUUCAUCUACAACCUGUCUGCCCAUUCCAUCGACCAAAGUCCUCUUGAACUUCUAAUCUUGCCCUCUGCUGAUGUCAUCCUUAAUAACAACCAAGAGAGCCUUCCCUGAGGUUUCUCCUCUUCGGGGAUUUGUUUGUCUCAAUGUUCCCUUCUAGCUGACAAAGAACGGACCACUGCCUUGGUGGAAUACAAACCAGUGAUUCCAACAGUAGCCUCCCAAUACAGCCAAGCUUGGGUGUAUUGUAGAUAGUUGGCAAUUUAACAAACAUAACAUAUGGUCACUUUGACACCAAACUCCCAUUUCACAGAACUGUUGUCCGAGAAGAACGAACAUUUCCCUGCAGAGAUGGAACAUCAGCAUUGCUGUGCCUCUGCUGCACAUCUCCAAACAGGCAUUGAGAACAGCAAGCAAUCUACCCCCUUUUACCUUCUUGCCAAGAAAUGAUAUAUACUAUUUCUCAUUCACCAAUCACAUUUUCUUAAAGGAUCUACUAUUCUUAAAAGAUGUAUUGUGUCAAAUUCAUGCCAACUCCGUGUCAGCCUUAUUUACUUUUAUACCACUGACAAUUUAUCAGACUGGUUGUAAAGUUUGAGUCAAGGUCACAAAUGUAAGUGAAGCCCCUUUGCAAGAAGCAGCAGUGAGCACCUAAAUGCUGGAAGUACAUAACAUUAACACAACGUUUGUGACAAGACUUGGUUAACGCUCAGGACGUAGAACUUCGGUCAGCACUGGAUACUUUUCCGAAAUAUCGAUGAAUUUGCUGUCUAGAUCCAGUAUUUUAUUAUUUUACUUCAGACUUCUGGCAUUUGCAGUUUUUUCCGUAUUAUUUGAACCAGUGGCCGCAUUGUACUCUAAAAACUAAUAAAAAAUACCUUAAUAAUGA